CGUAAGGGGAUUUCCACCCACCAGAUCAGACCUCUAGUACUAAGAAAAAAAAAGGGGGAAGAAAUACGGAGCGAAGGUGUUCUGUUCUGUUUGUCAUGUCACAGUCGUUGGCGGCUGAGCAACAGCUAAGCGGUCUCUCAUUUUCUCUCGGGAUUUCUUUACCCAAAAAGCGUCAGUUAACUUCAGGCUUCCAAAAGAAACAGGCGAAGCACCCGGAAAUGAGUCCGUAACGCGGUGAUCUGAUCACUGUUUCGGAGGAUUGCGAUUCAACACAAUAACGACCUACGAGAGAGUGUAACGAGAUCAUUUCUUCUUCUUCAUUGUACCUGCAAUGAGAAACAUGAGCGUUCGGAACGGCACAGCGGGAGACCUUUAUCUAGAUAUUAUAGACGAGUACCUCACGGAGAAAACGAUCAAAGAACGGACCGUGAUGCUCCCUGGUCCUCCUCCUCCACCUGUGGACCAGGACAUCCAGCCGGUUGAUCCUCCGUCUAGAAGCAGGAGAAGCACCCCAGUGCUGGUCUCCAGAGGAGCAGCUCCACAUAGCCCAUACAUCCUUGACCAGACCCCAACGGCGCACACUGAUCGUAUGGCACCCAUGCAUUCCAUGCGAGGCCAAAAAGUGCCAUCUCAGCGACGUGGACAGUCAUCUGCAGCGCAACAGAGACUUCAUCCUCCGCAGACUGGAACAGAACAUCUGGAGCGCUUCCUGGAAAAGCCAGUGCUGGUGGUGGUGGAGCAGCCGAAGGAGCGUGGCAUGCGAUUUCGCUAUGAGUGUGAGGGACGAUCCGCGGGCAGCAUACUUGGAACCUCCAGCACUGACUCCAGCAAGACGCUGCCUGCCAUUGAAAUUCAAGGCCCCAUUGAUAAUAUCAAGAAAGUGAUGGUCACCGUGUCUCUUGUGACAAAGGACAUCCCACACCGCCCACAUCCACACUGCUUGGUCGGGAAAGACUGUGCAGAUGGCAUCUGUGUCAUCCACAUCAAUCCCCACAGCACUCGUCGACACAGCUUUGCGAAUCUGGGCAUCCAGUGUGUGCGGAGGAAGGAACUUGAUGCCUCACUUCAGAAGAGGAGGAAUAAGAAUAUUGAUCCGUUUAACACGGGCCACUCUAAGAGCAUUGAGGACAUGGACAUGAACGUGGUGAGACUGUGUUUCCAGUGUGAGCUGGAACGAAAGGACGGAGAGCGAAUUCCCCUCGCACCUGUGGUUUCCAACCCCAUUUAUGACAAGAAGGCGACCACAACAGCAGAGCUGAAGAUCAAUCGGCUUAAUGUUGUCAGAGGCCCCUGCACAGGAAAGACUGAAAUUUACAUGCUCUGUGACAAAGUGCAGAAAGAUGACAUUGAGAUAAUCUUCUGCAAGGACGACUGGGAGGCCAAGGCGGAGUUUGCUCAGACUGAUGUCCAUCGACAAAUCGCCAUCGUCUUCAAGUCCCCGCCCUUCAGGGAGCAGAAUAUAACCGAGGAGGUGGAGGUCAGCGUGUGUCUACGCCGCAUGUCUGACCGGAUGGACAGCGAGCCAGUCAAUUUCACAUAUGUUCCAGACAACGCAGAUCCUUACGGAGUCAACCGCAAGAGGAAAAUGAAAUCUGAUGUGAAGUUCAGCGAGCCAUGCAGCGCUCCUCAAAAUCAAGACACUGUGAACGAACUCGGCAUGCCACAGCAUUUUGAAAACCCAUUCUACACCUCUCCCGAUUUUAACAUUCCCAAUGCUUCCAUGGCAGUCCCUGUUAUGGACGGAGGCGUCCACAUGCCAUCCCAGGUUAUGGAGAAAAUUCAUUACAAUGACGACUUCAAACAAGAGGAUGGUUGUAUUAGCAUGGACCUAGACACUUUAGAUACUGUCUUCCAAAGCAUUUCCCAAUGCUUGGCCCAGCAAGGUUCAGACCAGCUUCUAAAUCAGUUGUUGUUUCCUGGCGAUCUCAGCUUUGGGUUAGACGGCACAGAUACGAAAUUGAACGUCAAUCAACCGAUGAUGAACAUGUCGUCUAUAAACGACGUGCACUUCAGUCAGAUGGUGAAUGAGAGUCAGGUCUAUCCAACAGAUCUGGAGAACAUCGAAGGCCUCAUUUUCUCCACUGUGAAGAACGAGAAUGACCUGGACCACUGAAUGCCACUGUGGACUCUUAUGUCUUAGAUACUAUUGGGACUUUGUACAUACAGUCAAUGUUGACUAUAAAAUAAUUCUGGACUAGGAAAAGACACCGACUUCAGAAGUCAAACUUGCUAUUGACUGCCAAACCUGUUCAGCUGGCACUAUCUGACUUCCUGUUUGGUAGUAUGAACGUACUAAUGAAGUAAAUAACCUGCUCAGCCGCUGGUCUUAAGAAUGGACAAGACACUGAGGCUAAUGAUAGCCAAUGAAAGGCAUUCUAGUAAAAAGGGAGCAACAGCUGCUGCUCAGCUGCUCGUGAUGUGCCAGUUAUGAAAUGUGAUCCGUCAUUCAUUCGCUAAUUUAUUGUGUGGGUUUCAGAGCAGAACCUAUUAGUAUUGUGUAGAUGGUCCCAGACCCAAAUUCACUUCAUUUUUAAGUGUUAUAUGUAACAUAUUUGUUUUGAGCAUUUCAGAAUAGUUCAUCCAUAGAGGAAUUUCAGUUAACAGCAUUAAGGGGACAAACUGAGACAUUUAAACACAAUUCUGAAGUAGCAGUUGGAUUAAUUCAUACCAAAUCUGAUAACAUGAUCAAGCUAGGUGUGUUGACAUAGUAAAAGCCAUUUCUAAUCGGCAACAAUAAAAUCCUGCACUGAAUCCUCUACCCAUUGGUGGCUGUUUGUAACUCCUGAUGGUUAACCGGUUGGCACUAUGCUAGGCUGUUAGGAGCUGUUCACACAGAACACAUUCUUCAACUUCACUGUGAUGCUUUUCCAUUGUUUUUCUAUGUAAACAUGCACAAGAUGGAUGUGUUUGACUGUUGCACUUGUGUCUUGUGCAGCGUAUUGUGCAUGACACAAUGUUCUAAAAACAGCACUCAAGUUAAAAAAGGUCAGCUUUUAUAAACGUGUCUCUUGACCUUGCGCUUUUGAUUUAGUUUUUUUUCAUUCUACUGCCUGUGUCUCAUGCUUUUAAACACAAAGAAAUCUGUGUGAAUGGCUUCUAAGCUUGAUAACCGAAGUCUUAACUGAAAACACAAAUUAAGGUAAAUGUUUCAUUUCUUUGGCUUCGGUAAUAUAAUGUUUAUGUAAUUUAAAAUACAUUAACACAUUUUAAUAGGUCAGAGGGGAAUUUGGAUUGGAGCCCCACCCACAAAGAAAUCUCAUUGGUCUAUUAAAGUUCUAAAAUUGGACUUAAGUUGUAUAUUUAACAAGUUCUGGUUGGCUGCUUUGCACAGGAUUUUAUUUUUUCAGAGAUAACAGUCAAAUUAUCCUGGAAACUUGUCACGCCUGGUCAUGAUGUGAAGUUAUGGGAAACUGAAAUGAAUGUUGUUGAGUCAGUGGCAAAAAGAUUCCAGUGAUUUUUGUCUGUCUGUCAUAUCAAUGUUUGAAGGAAGCUGGGUACACAGGCAUAACUAUUGGAAAGCAUUUAGUUCUUUUAUACAUAUAUAAUGUCUGUAAUACUGCUGUGAUUUUUAUUGUGCUGUGUAAAAUUCCUUUAGUUGCAUUCAAAUAUUGUCACAUUCUGCUUCUUAUAGUGUGUUGCUGCUGUCUAUAUUAAAAUCAUGUGUUCUGGAAAAUGA